AUAAAGUAUCAAUACGUAUUUUAUGGCUUUACAUUUUGUAUAAAAACUGGGCGUUGUCACACUAGAAAUUAUAGUUCUCUUUGCUCUUUGACAAAGCAAGUAAAAAACUCAACCCAUCACAAUGAAAUCCUUCGUUGCCCUGUUCGCCCUGCUGGCUGUGGCCGCCGCCAACCCUCUGCCCCUUGUGCAGAUCAUCGUGAACGUCGAUGCUCCCUCGGACGUCGCCGUUGGCCCCGCCAUCGUGCCUGAGCCCAUCAAGCCUACCCCCGUCCACGUUGUCGAUGAGGCCGUCAAUGAGGUCCCUGUCAUCCCUGAGCCCGUGGUUAUGCCCGAGCCCGUCCUCCCCGAAAUCGUCAUCCCUGAGCCCGUUGUCAUGCCCGAGCCUGUCCUCCCCGAGGUUGUGAUCCCUGAGCCCGUCGUUAUGCCCCAGCCCGUCCUCCCCGAGGUUGUCAUCCCCGAGCCCGUCGUCAUGCCCGCGCCUGUCCUCCCUGAGGUCGUCAUCCCCGAGCCCGUCGUUAUGCCCGAGCCCGCCCUCCCCGAAGUUGAGGUUAACCCUGUUGUCGCCCUCCCCGAUGAACUCAACUAAGCUAAUAACACCCAGAACCAUACGUCUGCUAAAACCAACGGACAAGACCCAAAACGAAGUGACUUUUUGAGGACCAUUGGAAGACAUUUUCAAUCUACGAAAUUUCCUAAAGGAAUUGGUUUGAAAUAUGUAACACCAACGGCAGAUGUAAACCAUAUUAUUUAAGAGCAAUAAACUUAUUUUUCUAA